CAUAAUUUAUAUGAUAUGAUUCGCGAUGCAGCCCCGCAUCGAGGGGGCGUUGGAUUGGAAUGAGUAGCAAAUGGUCCAUCUCUGCAGUUAAAAUGGCGGAGGAAAUUAGCAGAGCGAAUGCAGAGUCAGCCGCCAUCAAAUCGAGGUCCUUAUGGCCCUCUAUUCUUCGUUGGAUCCCCACCUCCACGGACCAUAUCAUCGCUUCAGAGAAACGCCUUCUCUCUGUUGUCAAGACCGGAUAUGUUCAGGAACAGGUCAAUAUCGGGUCUGGGCCUCCUGGUUCAAAGGUGAGAUGGUUUAGAUCUACAAGUGAUGAGCCAAGGUUUAUCAAUACAGUCACUUUUGAUAGCCCUGAGGAUCGCCCUACGCUUGUUAUGGUUCAUGGCUACGGUGCCUCUCAAGGGUUCUUUUUCCGGAACUUUGAUGCCCUUGCAAGCCGGUUCAGGGUCAUUGCUAUUGAUCAGCUUGGAUGGGGUGGAUCAAGUAGGCCUGAUUUCACUUGUAAAAGUACUGAAGAAACAGAGGCAUGGUUUGUAGAUUCAUUUGAGGAAUGGCGCAAGGCCAAAAAUCUCAAUAAUUUCAUUUUACUUGGACAUUCUUUUGGAGGCUAUGUCGCUGCAAAGUAUGCCAUUAAGCAUCCUGAACAUGUUCAACACCUGAUUCUGGUGGGUCCUGCUGGAUUUUCAUCUGAAUCAGAUGCUGCUAAGUCAGAGUGGUUGACAAAAUUUCGAGCAACAUGGAAAGGGACUAUCUUAAACCAUCUUUGGGAGUCCAACUUUACUCCUCAAAAAGUUAUCAGAGGGUUAGGUCCAUGGGGCCCAGAUCUUGUUCGAAGAUAUACUAGUGCUAGAUUUGGUAUGUAUUCAACUGGUGAAGUUCUUGGUGAGGAGGAAUCUCGACUGCUUACAGAUUAUGCGUAUCAUACUUUAGCUGCCAAAGCCAGUGGGGAGCUGUGCUUAAAAUAUAUAUUUUCUUUUGGAGCAUUUGCAAGAAAACCUCUUCUUCAAAGUGCAUCAGAAUGGAAGGUACCCACCACUUUUAUAUAUGGAGUCCAAGACUGGAUGAACUACCAAGGGGCACAGGAAGCACGUCAGAAUAUGAAGGUGCCAUGUGAAAUUAUAAGGGUUCCCCAGGCUGGUCAUUUUGCGUUCAUAGAUAAUCCAUCGGCAUUCCAUUCUGCUGUUUUCUAUGGUUGUCGCCGAUUUCUUUCACGCAACCCAGUUGGUGAAGCUUUUCCAAAAGGCCUCGUAUCUGCUUAGGUCAGACUGGUUUGCAACCCCUUCUUUGUAUUUAACCAAUUUUCCUGGGCCUCAUGGCUUUUUGCUCCACUCUAGUUCUUGCAGCCUUAAGGCGUUGGGCAAUAGCAAUUCAUGUAGCUUAUUUAGAAUGAUUGGGGAUUCAAUUAUACAAGUGUUAUUGAUAUCAGGCCCCAUAUUGGAUAUGGGGAAAUGACGAAAAACAAUCAGCAUUGUUUGAAUAUAUGUUCAGAAAAAUGGGAUGAAACAUUGAAUUGGUGGGAUGUGGGUGUGGAUGGAGUGGCCGCUAACUGUUCGGAUCAAGUUGCAACCACUUUCUGGAAAUUUGGUUUUUGUUUCGAUAUAUUGAUUACCCAUUGCAUGUGAUCAUGGGAAAUUGAUGGUUGAUACGAGCUGUUCUGCUGAAGUCCAAUAAUGUUUGCUAAAGUUGAAGGACUGCUCAUUUCCACCAUCCUUUGUUGAUUAUGAACAUAAUGUAUCGCACUUCUCUUGUCACAUCUAUAAUUUGUCGUUUUUUUUUCCUUUUAAA